GACGCGCCUUGGAUAGCUAUUCGUCUAAUGCAAGAGCCUUAUUGCCGACAAAAGCGAAGCAACUCGUAAUUUUUGGGAGACAUGAGAACUCACUUCUUCCCAACCGUAACGUUUGUUCUGUUCUCAUUGGUUUCACUUUGUAUAAACGUUAGUGCUAACCAAGGUAGGUUAUACAUUUUAAGUUUCUUUUUACCUAAUAUAGUGCAUUGGAAAGGGAUUCCUUGCUGCAUUUGGCUUUUAUGUUACCUAGGCACCUAAGUGGUCAUUGAAAUCAGCUGGCAAUAUUUGCAGGCUUUUUUGUUGCCCUGAAAACUCGAGAAAGCUCAGCGCUGUAGCAUGGCUGGGUAUUUCACAUGUUCACUGCAUUUCACUUUAGUAUUUAUUUUUUUUUAUGUGAAUAAUAAAACGACGGCUUGGAAUCGAGAUCUUUAUGUUAUGUUUUUAUUGCCGACUGAUUCCCCUUUGCCUUCUUUGUAACUCUAAACUUACAUGUACAGCCCAGUAUUACUAAAGUCUUGUAGUCAUUUAACCUCUUUCAGUGUCAUAUCCUACCUCCUUGAUUCAGAAGUGGAACAACAAGUGGCUUCAUUUACCCUGAAAUCAUUUACUCACCAAAGAUUGAUCAGGCAAUUUUGGCAGAAAAUUAUAGGUGGUUUUCAUGCAAUCUCGGGAGACACAAAUAACAAUGGUGAAAUGAACAAAUGCUGGUGGACAAACAAAAGGAACUAAUGAGCGAUCUUUUGUUUACCGUCCACCAGCAUGGCGGCGAUGACGUAACAUGAAAACCACCUAUAGCCAAAUUUGUUCUAUCGUGCUGCGCUUUUGCAAACUUUGAAUGGGUUUUCCUGUUCUGUCAAUCAUUUGAUCCAAUGAGUCGGGGCGAAGUUAAUGCAAAUCACAAUGCCACACACUCGCUCAGCUUGGCCUGCAAAAACAAUACUGAGAAUGACUCGAAUAGCAAAGGAAAUCGUGGGUGGACUUUUUGUCAAGGGCAGGAGGCAGACAUUGCUUUAUUCUUGCAAGAGACAAGAAUAAGAAAGAUCAGAAAAAUCUUUGAAGAAAACUAGUAGAUUAUUGCGAUCGCAAGCAACGAACCUUGAAACACAGAAACAAAAAAUGGGAUCGAAAUGCAUCAAUGACAAGUAAACACAUGUUUUCUAAGAGGCCCGCUAAGAUGAUUGACAGUACAGAAAAAAACAAAAUUCCUUUGAAGUUUGGACAACGCGUAGCGUAAUACAACGAAUUUGGCUAUAAGCCCACUCGAACGCUUUAUAACCUUACUGCACUUUUCAAUAACACAUGCAGGCUAUCUGAUAUUACGCAAUGGUGCGAUUUCGCACAAUUGACCUUGAAUUGCUUCCGAUCGCUCAAUUUGAGGAAAAUGGCAUAAUUCGUAAAAAAAAUUUAUACUGAAUUCAAGUAAAGUAAACAAUGAAUUCUAACUUUAAUUAAACAUUUGAACCCAAUCUUAAUGUUAUUUAAGGUGAUUUACCACUAAAGAAAGUCUUGCAAGACAUCUGAAACCAUCGAUCGCAGUAUCUGGGCAGCCAUUUUGACUUCAGAGACAAGCAGUGUGGUCAGCGGUGUAACGGCAUCAUGUAAUAUUAAGCAAGUGUCUUUUUUCUUUUCCGGGUCAAAAUAAUCGAACAAAUUUAACUAUUUUGUUUUAAAAUAGAUGUUUUAUUAUUCCUUUACAUUCAAAUUGCCUGUUAAACAACAUUAAAGUGGUUUUCCUCCUUUGAAACCUGGUAAGACGAUGUAAGUUAGCCCUGAAAAAAUCGGAUAAUUUAUUGCAUAAUAGUCCUAUCUUAUUGCACAAUCUACCCUGAAAAUAUCGCACAAUUUCUGAUUUUUUAUCGCACCCUGUCAGAUGGCCUGCACAUGAAUUCUGCACAAAGCAAGCUUAUAAUUAUUGUGUUUUUUCGUGAUGCAAAAAUUACUACAAUCACAAGUAACGAACAACAAAACCACAAACUGUAUAAAAAUUCACCAAUCACAAAAUAAUUUUAAACCAUGACCUUUUGAACUUGUUGAAGUAAACCUCUGUUUUCUGAGAUUUCUGUUAAUAUGGUUGAUGGUGGCAAAAGAUGCAAAAUUAAUGUUAGUUGGCUUUUGACCUUCAGGGUGUGCAUGUUUUUUUAAAAGAGCAGUAAGGAUGGCAUUUAAACAGCAAGGAAUAUUCAAAAUUGACGUUGGCCACUUUUGGGACUUUAAUAAGGGAUUAAUAGUAUGUCAUCUUCUCAUUUUUGUUUUAUGUUUUGGCUGUUUUAAUUCAGAGCUGUGUGAAUUGCCACCUGUUACUGGCCCUUGCCGUGCUGCAUUUCUCAGAUGGUAUUAUAACAGUACUGCGGAAAAGUGUUUAGAAUUUACUUAUGGAGGAUGUAUGGGAAAUGCAAACAACUUUGACACAGUCAUUAACUGCACUAAAACUUGUGCCCCCUCUGUUGUUGCCCGGAAAGGUUUGUGCUAAAUAAUUGUGUAUCUGAAUAUUAAAAUUGUUUAUGUACAUGUACAGGCUAACAUCCCUUCCUCAAAAUUGUGAGGUGUUUGUUUAUGGGAGGUGUUCAUUUAGGGUGUCCAAAAAUAAGGAGAAAAACUGCCCUCGGACUAUCUCCUAUCUGUAAGGGUAUUCUCGCCCAAAGCUUCAGUUGCAAGAAACUGAGUAAUCAGAAACAUACAGUGAAUACAGUUCACAGUACAAGAAGAACAACUUUAUGCUGAAUGCGGGGCAAGAUUAAAGAGUUUCUAUUUAUCAAAGUUACAGUGUACUUUGUAUUUGUCCCUCUCUUUUCAAAACCUAUCUUAACAAGGCAAAGUAUAUUAUCUACGAAAAACUCUCAAGAGUUUUUAGCGUUGCAGGUUUCCGUUUUGAGGAGAAAAAGCCACCAACUGCAGUACUUCUAAAUGUCCAUUUUUCAGCUGUACUGAAAAUCCUUGUACUUGGUAAUUUGUCAGGGUUGUCACUAAGAUUUUAAGUUGCCGGGUAAAUACAACAAGUAGGCGGGGAAUCAAAUGGCUAGGGAUUUGUUUUGGUUCUAUUUUUCUACUAUUUUCCAAUAAAAGUAGCCGGGGGCCACUCUCUUAGUAGCCGGGGAAAAUCCCCAGCCCCCGGCUCUUAAUGACAACCCUGAUUUAUUCAAGGUUUUUAGACUUGACAUCACAUUCACACGGGAAGUUUGCACUUGGGGGUAAAGAUGAAGAAAACAUGACAAUCGUCUUAUUCUUUUUCAUUAUCCCCAAUGGCAAAAUGCCUGUGCAAAUGUGAUGGCAAAUCUUUCAAGCUUGAAUAAAUUACCUAAUACAAGGGUUUUCGUUGCAGCUGAAAAUGAAUCGGUUAAUUACUGGAGUUGGUGGGUUUAUUUCUCUUGGAGACGAGAACCUUCAGUGCUAAAAACUGAAAGAAGAUUUUUGUAGAUGUUAUAUCAUGCUUUGUUGAGAUUUUUUGCGCCAUACGACCACCCCAUUAAUAUGACCACCUGGUCAUUACAACCACUUUUUUGUGGCCCGAACAAAAGCCCACUCCUUUUCAUAUCUAAAAACCCCGUUAAUCCAACCACCCUGUUAUUACGAGUAACAACCACCUUUGGAAGUCCUGAGUCAUUAUUUUCUUUUUAAAAUUACCCCGUUUAUACUACUACAUUAGAAUUUUCUGCAAUUUGAUGGGCUUAGAGCAGUGGUAUUUCAGCUUAAUUUGAAAUACCUACAUGUGAAAAUUACAAACCUUAUAUGGGUAGUAGUAUUAAACAAUUAAUAGCAUGAUUUGUGGGUGAUAUUUGGCAUAAAUACCACUCGUGAUAUUUCAAAAUUGUCUCAAAUUUCACUCACCUAACGGCUCGUGAAUUUAUGUAUAUCAAUUUUGAAAUAUCACUACAAAUCAUGCUAUUACCUAUACUAAUACGACCAGUCAAAAUGCUUGGUGGGGCUGCUGAAUGAAAACAGACACAAUCUGACAAACAAUAACGUAUUACUAUAAUAUCAGUUUAUUGAAUGUUUUUAGGCAAUGUGUUUAGUGGUUAGCAUGACAUCUGGUAAAUUGCAGUGUUCAGUAAAAAGAAUGCAUGAAUAAAUAAUACAAAAGAUCUGAAAGCCUUCACUUUGCAGCAUUUCAAGGCUCUCAAAGUUAUCUGGCCUUCUUGUUUCUGCUGCCUUCCACUGUGGCUUUUCUCUUCAAGUCCAUUUCCUGUUCUUUUCUCACAGAUUGGUUAUUUGGAAUGUCUAAUAAUUUGUUAAGCAUAUCAACGUUUAUUGGCUGUCCAGUCAACUUGUAAACGCAUGGGAUUUCCAUCCCGCAUCCUCCCCCAUGAUUAACAGCUUUCCCAACAACUUGAACUCACAAACUUUUUUAAAACCAUUUGAACUUUAUAAUAAUUGUGAAAGUGUUGUAAGCUACAAUAUAGAAAACGGCUCUUCGAGACAUUUCACAAGCCCUUUCCUUUCAUAACAAGGAACUGAAAGAAGUCAGUGUUUUUUCUCAUUACUUGGUUUCGUUUACUGUUACAAUGUUCAGUUCUGGGCUGUGCUCUAGCAGAGCCCGGUGGCCCCUGGCACCUAACUUUUACCCUCUGGCGACUAGAAAAUCUCAGAUUUUUCAUACAAAUCAUAUGCUGGGCACCCUAGAUUUUACAGUUUCAGAGCACUGGGCUCCAUUCAAUUUUCCUAAGAGCACAGCCUUGCAGUUGCAUUGAACUGUGGUUGUAAGGUUGUUAAUUAACUGCAAAAAAGUUGAUUUUAUAGCAGAUUAAACGUAUACAUGUAGUAGAAUGUAGUUUAAAAGCGUUUUGCACCAUUUGACCCUACCCCACUAAUACGACCACCCCGUUGAUACAACCAAAUUUCCAUGGCCUGAAGGUGGUCGUAUUAACAGAGUUCCAUUGUAUAGGAGAUAGUUUGUCAGCAGUUGUCCUCUAUUUGUGUGUCAACUUUCACAAAUGGAUUAUUUGUUAAUGUUGCAUUUUAAAGUUAAAUAUGACCAGCUAUUUGUGCAGCUAUUUCUAUGGUCACGAUUGACUCCAAAGUUGCAGAUAUAAAACUAGAUAGCUGUGAGGCUUACUUGCUGAAGUUAGUGAAAAAUCUGUCUUUGGAUUAUUGUUAACAUUUUUUGUAAAAAUGCGGUUUUUAACAUAAUGCCAAUAUCUCAAACGUUUUUAUACAUGCAAGAAAAUAAAUAGAAUUUUCUUUAAGUUCAACCAUUCUUUAUUAAGGAUGCCAAAAAUCAUAGAAAUCGGUUAAAUAAUUUCUGCCGAGAAACGAGAUUCAAGAACAUAACCAACAUGCAAAUAAAUAGGUUCGGGCCACCUUAAACUAACUAGCUCAAAGUAAAUUCAAAGAAAUGAAAGUAAUUUUUUGCUUUAUUACAUAUUGAUAGUCUUAGUUGUUAACAUAAUUAUGGAAAGAGAAAGCUAGAGAACAUGUGUACCAAUCACAUAGUUUCAUUUACAAUUUAGAUUUGAAGGUUUUUUUCUUUUGGACAUCAAGAAAGUGAUUGAAGGUCAAGGGUGAGGACAAAAUUUGUCCUUUCAUUCACAAUCUGUAGAAAAGUACAGGGCCAAAAACAACGAUCUAUUAAAAUCACUAAACCCUCUUUUUUUGAGAAAGGUCCCCUCUAAUACAUAAGUGGGCCCAUAAAAUGCUCACUAGCUGUAAUUCUUAGAGUAAACCCGGAUUUUUGAAUUGAAGCAUUUGCAGUUGUUUGCCAUAUGACUGCAUGACUGAGUGGGUGAAAAGUGAGGGUCGAGGGAUUCUCUUAUUCUGUUUGCUUACAGCUGUACGAAUUUUUUUUUACAUCCUGUUCCUUGCAGUAAACAUGUUACCCAACCAUUAUCAGUUUUUGUUUUGGCCUUACAUUCCUCUCCUCUCUUCCUCUUAUUAUAAUAAUGAUGCAGCAUUGUAAAUUAAGAGGUGGUUUUAAGGCUUUUCUCCUUAUCCAGUUUUACUUAAUCCUGCCUUUAUUUUUGUUUUAUCACAGAUGUUGAGGCAGAUGAAAAGACAGUUCGAACCUACUUGAAGCUGGUCAAAGAAGGAAAAUCACCUGAAAUUCCUGUUCCAUUUCUCUCCUCAAAUAGAAGGGUUAGAAGAUUAGCAACAGACCCAAGUACUUCUAUUAACACAAACCCGAAAUCAAAGAAUACUGCCACACCCAACUCUUCUGAUAAACUCAAAAAAACUAAAAAUCUAAAAGGAAAAGGUAACAAAGUCUUGUUUGUGAGUUUUAGCAAUAGUACAUGUACGUGUACACUCAAGCAUCUCUCUCGUGAUGGAUCUUACAUCAUAGCAUUGGUCCCUGAUAUUCUUUGCUUAUUUGCUCUGAUUCUUGAUAAGCCAAUAACUCUCCUACACAGACACUUAUUGCUAGUCCCAAUGAAGUGUGGAAAGAAAAAUUCCCUGCUUUCCCAAAGAGCAAGUUGUAACUAUGUGUUGUAAUCCAAUAGCAUUUUUAUUAGUGUGGUCCAUUAUAAUCAACUACAGGUAUAUGUGUUAAUCAGAUAAACUUGUGAAGAAAGUAACAAUUGGUUACUGUAAGGUUAUAUUUAACUGAGAAAUAUGUAUGUAGAUUUACUGUAGGAUUCUGCAAUAAUAAAAAGUAGAAUUCAAAAACAGCUGCAUUGCUGCAUUCCAUUGGGUUGAUCUAGAUCAGGAUCAGUGUACAGAGAUCAUUCAGAUCAUGGUACAUCAAAUGAAGUGAAUCUAUUCCCAGGAUAGAUUUGUCGGUUCCUUUGAUUUUCUAUGAUCCGUUCAUCUGGAGUCCUGUGUCCCUAUGUCCUUUAAGUAACCUUAUUCUGAAAUACCAAACAUGAUUUCCAGCCAGUGUCAAGAUAUGCGACAGGCCUAUGCAGAUGAAUCCACAACCCCUCUUACAGAUAAAAUGCCCGAGAUUGCCCUUUUAAAAAAAACCUCUUUAUAAGCACACCUUUAAAGUACUAUAUUGUACUAUUUAUUUUUCAGUCCCAAAAUCCGCUGAUAAAGCAAGUGACAGUUCUAUUAAAACACCAUUGCCUAAAAGCAGCAAGAAGGGUGAUGAUGAUAGCCAUGAGUCUGAUAAGCAGGAUGCAACACCAUUGCCUAAAAGCAGCACUAAGGAUGAUGAUGAUAACCAUGAGUCUGAUAAGCAGGAUGCAACACCAUUGCCUAAAAGCAGCACCAAAGAUGAUGAUGAUAACCAUGAGUCUGAUAAGCAGGAUGCAACACCAUUGCCUAAAAGCAGCACCAAGGAUGAUGAUGAUAACCAUGAGUCUGAUAAGCAGGAUGCAACACCAUUGCCUAAAAGCAGCACCAAGGAUGAUGAUGAUAACCAUGAGUCUGAUAAGCAGGAUGCAACACCAUUGCGUAAAAGCAGCACCAAGGAUGAUGAUGAUAACCAUGAGUCUGAUAAGCAGGAUGCAACACCAUUGCCUAAAAAGCAGUGAUGAUAACCAUGAAAAGCAGCAACACCAUUGCAAAAGGAUGAUGAUGAUAACCAUGAGUCUGAUAAGCAGGAUGCAACACCAUUGCCUAAAAGCAGCACCAAGGAUGAUGAUGAUAACCAUGAGUCUGAUAAGCAGGAUGCAACACCAUUGCGUAAAAGCAGCGACAAGGAUGAUGAUGAUAGCCAUGAGUCUGAUAAGCAGGAUGCAACACCAUUGCCUAAAAGCAGCACCAAGGAUGAUGAUGAUAACCAUGAGUCUGAUAAGCAGGAUGCAACACCAUUGCGUAAAAGCAGCGACAAGGAUGAUGAUGAUAGCCAUGAGUCUGAUAAGCAGGAUGCAACACCAUUGCCUAAAAGCAGCACCAAGGAUGAUGAUGAUAACCAUGAGUCUGAUAAGCAGGAUGCAACACCAUUGCCUAAAAGCAGCACCAAGGAUGAUGAUGAUAACCAUGAGUCUGAUAAGCAGGAUGCAACACCAUUGCCUAAAAGCAGCACCAAGGAUGAUGAUGAUAACCAUGAGUCUGAUAAGCAGGAUGCAACACCAUUGCCUAAAAGCAGCAGCAAGGAUGAUGAUGAUAACCAUGAGUCUGAUAGGCAGGAUGCAACACCAUUGCCUAAAAGCAGCACCAAGGAUGAUGAUGAUAACCAUGAGUCUGAUAAGCAGGAUGCAACACCAUUGCGUAAAAGCAGCGACAAGGAUGAUGAUGAUAACCAUGAGUCUGAUAAGCAGGAUGCAACACCAUUGCCUAAAAGCAGCACCAAGGAUGAUGAUGAUAACCAUGAGUCUGAUAAGCAGGAUGCAACACCAUUGCGUAAAAGCAGCACCAAGGAUGAUGAUGAUAACCAUGAGUCUGAUAAGCAGGAUGCAACACCAUUGCCUAAAAGCAGCACCAAGGAUGAUGAUGAUAACCAUGAGUCUGAUAAGCAGGAUGCAACACCAUUGCGUAAAAGCAGCGACAAGGAUGAUGAUGAUAGCCAUGAGUCUGAUAAGCAGGAUGCAACACCAUUGCCUAAAAGCAGCACCAAGGAUGAUGAUGAUAACCAUGAGUCUGAUAAGCAGGAUGCAACACCAUUGCUUGAAAGCAGCAACAAGCAUGGUGAUGAUAGCCAUAAGUCUGAUAAGCAGAAAACAAUACCAUCGCUUAAAAACAACGACGUUAAUGAUAAUGGUGAUGAAACUAAUAUGCAGGAUACAUUAUUGUCAUCAAAAACCAGCAAACAGGUAAUCAUUGAGAGUAGUCAGUGACUGCCAAUAUUGAAUAGAUGAAAAGUAAAGUCAACUAUCUCUUAACAAUCAUGCAGGUGGCCCUCACAUCAGUCUGAUGGCAUUACUAACUUAAACAGUGUUCAUCUUAGAGAGAGUCAAUAUUGUAUUUGUAGUUGGCAGAUGUUUACAUACAGUAUGUGCUUAACUCGCAAACAUGCAUUGCAUGAUUAGAACAAUGCUAAGGGGGUGUGCAUUUUAGAGAAAAUGCAUCUAAUUAAUAAUUUUGAGGGGUGACAAAUUACUCCUUAAUUUUGGCGCGAAAUGUCAGCGUUAAUUCAUUAAUGUGCCUGUGAAAUUACCAAAUUGCUAUGGCAAAGUUCCGUAUGGCUCAGUGCCAAGAUAGCGUCAAGGUUUUAAGAUGUUAUAAAUGAGGGUGUCAGGUCAUUAAAAGACACUUUAGAAAACCUAAACACACGAAAAAACACAGCAAGGAGAAUUCAAGCCGGUCUUUUGUCGAAGAAUUCAGAAAAUUGUGAAUUAAUGCCAAAAUUUGUAUAGGUAAUAGCAUGAUUUGUAGUGAUAUUUGGCAUAAAUACCACGAGUGAUAUUUCGAAAUUGUUAUACAUAAUUUCGCGAGCCGUUAGGCGAGUGAAAUUUGAGACAAUUUUGAAAUAUCACUAGUGGUAUUUAUGCCUAAUAUCAAGUACGAAUCAUGCUAUUAUUUGUUUAUACUACUACAUGCUCUAAUGUUUUCAGUCCGUGGUGUUAUCGAUACAAUGAACACCUAGGUAUACACAUAAAAUUUUGUUUUUGCUUUUCAAAUGUGCCACACACUGAAAGGGGGCCUAGGGUCUCUCUAGAGCCACGAAGCCUUUGUGUUGCAUAACAUUAGGUAUCGUAAUACAAGCUAUUAGGUUUACAUGUACCUCGGUGUAAGAACCUGUGAACCUUUUUCUUUGUUUCGUACCUUUUGUUUUUCUGGGUUCUAUUGCGUUGACCUUUGUUGUCUUUGUUUCACGUCAGAAAGAAGACGGAGAUGAAGACGGCAUUGAAGAGAACUUUUCACUGACGUAUGGGAAGAACAGGUGAUUUACCUUAAUGCCAUAGCAAAUGGUGUCGGAAGUCCUGAUGCCGAUGGAAGUGACAUCAAAAUGUUCAAAACUCAACUAGAACCACGAGCCACAGGCGAGUGGUUUCACUGCAAAGUUUUAAACAUUUUGACGUCAUUUCUGGGUACAGACCAUAGAAUAUUAUUGUCAGUUUGUUGUUUAACUUUCCACUUGUUUUUGUCAGGGGUAUCUACCGUGGAUCUGAUCCUCUUGAGCACACGUCCAGCCACUUUGCCGCCUUUUUCUUGACUGCUAUUGUAAUGGUAUUUGCUGCUUAUGUGGUGUAUCACAACAGGCAGAAGGUAUGAGGAUUAUUCUGUUAGCAAGCUCUCCAUUUAUGGCGAGCACAACGAGUCGCGAGUGCGCCCCUAGCACUCGCUUCUCCUUUCCCGUUUUUGCUCUCGCGUGACUUCUCGUGACUCCUCCAAAUGGAGUGCUUUCUCGCAGGCUAUAUGGCAAUGUGAUGAACUGGCUAUUGAUGAUAUCUUUGUUAUCUUUACUAAUCAAUUAAUUAUUAAUUCAUAUUGAUAAUUUUUCAAAUAAUAGAAAAAGGAAAAUUGUGAAGAAGGUCAAUGCCACUUCUGCAAACAAUGUCUAGGCCGAGUGUUUGGAAGCCAGGUUAACUCCAAUAUUGGGUUGUCUUUAAACGGUACAUAAUUAUGCAGGGUUUAUUCUGGGAAUUGGCUGAUGAGAGACUCAUGGAUCACCACCUACUGAAGUUUUAGAGGGUUCUUCUUCAAAGGAAUGCCCCAGUGACCAUUUGGUUUGGAAUAAAUGAAUAUCAUUUUGAAUGUAAGGGAGAUAUUAAUAGACGUAACUGUACAGUAGUGCAAAGAAAACCUUUAAAAAAAUCAGAUUUCAAGAUUCGAAUCCUUCAAGAACCCUCGGCAUUAGUGCAUAACAGUGAAAGAUCUUAAAUUAAGCAAAGUAGCUGUCGGCUGUCCUGCAAAGUGUUUCUCACCAAUUGAGCUCUUAGUUUUGUCACGUACCGUUGCCUGGCUACAUCUCUAAGUUGUGUUGAGAAGGCGUAAUAGCUAGACAAGUGCGGGUGUCCGUAUCGUAACGAUGUCUCUAUUUAUUGUUAUUUUUUUAUUGUUAUUUUUUUUUCUAUUUUGUGAAAAGAGUUUCAACAGUCUGAAAAUUUCUUGUUUCCUUUCACAGAUUGUUGCGAUCAUAAUUGAGGGCCAAAAUAACAGCGGUAGAAGGCGAGGCUACAGGAAACUAGAAACCAACGUAGAGGAGGCUAUGCCUUCAAUGAAAAGUGCAAACUCCACUUACGUUUAUUAGUGUUUAUUUAAAUAGAACAGGAGUAAAUUUUUUAGAAACAGAUAAUAAUUGGGUAUGUUAAAAAAACGAAAUUAUUUGUUAAGAAAAAUAAUGUGCAAUAUGGCCUGGUGAAUAAUUUCACCUGCGUUCAGGCGGUUUUUUUCUAGGGGGCGGGUAACGUGAACGGCAAGGGAAAUGCAAUAAUUUCACCUGCGUUCAGACGGUUUUUUGCUGUUGACAUGGAUAAUAGAGGGGCCUCGGGUUCAACGCGAACGGCGCCAUCGCGGUCAAACAACAAACGAGUCGGCGGAAGAGCACUGAAAAUUCCGUAAAAGAACAACACGCAGGCAAACAAACCCUACAUUUCGACUGGUUUAUUUUUCCGUUAUCACUUUCAACUAUGACCAUCCAACGCCAUCUUGCCCAACCAAUCUUUUGCAUUUUCCUUCCAGUUUUAUCCAUGCUGUUAACUGGAAAUUUUUUCUGCCCUUUUGAGUGGACUGUAAAGAUAAUGUUUAGAGUUUGUUUAGUUGUGUUGCUUGUUCCGGAAUGGAGACAAAAAAGCUUAGAGUGACAGCUGUUGGUUAUUUUAGAAUUUUGCUUUAGUGACUAAGAAUUGGUGAUUAACAGAAUUAGGAAUCGGAGUGUACUGUAUAUACAAUGUAUCUAAUAGAAUACAACUAUCCCCCGAAGGAGGGGUGGAUAGUGGUGCUAUAUACCGAGACGCAAAGCGUCGAGGUAAGUCGCUGCUCACCGACCCUGAGGAGGAUAGUUGUUUGGUAUCUACCAAAUCAGUUGGAUAAAAAUGAAAAAAAGUUACUUUUUGUAAAUUUAAAAUGUCACUUAGUUGGAACUUGUUAAAAACAUUUCGGGGAUUUUGUCAAGUGCAUUUGUACCAUUUGUGGCAAAUUCAGCAUGAAAAUAAUUUUUUAGCUGACACCGACUAGCCAAAGUUUGUCGCUUUCUUGGUAUUUGUUUGUACGACUGCUUUAUUUAUCGCUCAAAUUUCGUCUUUUCCGAAAACGUCUCGAAAGGAAACGCCAUCUUGGCUCCGGUCGCAAAACAAUGAACAGCAAAGGAUAUUCCGAGUUACGGGGAGCCAAUCAAAACGCGCGAAAAUUGCUAUUCACUGAUUUGGUAAAUACUAAAAUAUUAUAGUUUUCAACCUUUCGUUGCAUAUUGUGAAUGGAGGAAGCCAAAUGGAACACGGAUCUCAAAAAUAAAUUUCAUUGAGGUAAAAUUUUAAAAACCAGUGGCCCGCUUAUUUUAUUUUAUUUUUUUUCAUUUUGUUUUUCAAUUUGAAUAGAGAUUUACUUAGUGCAAUGUCAAAAGUGUUGGGACGUUUUCAUUGUUAUUAGUAAAGGUAGCGACCCCCCCCCUCCACCCCGCACAAAGUUGAAUUUUGAUCAAAUGGGUGGAAAUGACUGUUUUUUUUGUCCACAACAUUGCUGGGGAGGGAGUAGGGUGACGACGGGAUGAGCCCAAUGCCGAUCCAAAAAAUGUCAUUAGGAGUCGUACUUGUAUGUAACAAUCACUUGAAAGGGCUUUUUCACACAGUACCAAGUUCUGUUGUCCGCCUCAAUCGUAGAUUAAGAAAAUUGUUUUUGAGCGAUGGAAGGUGACCAGAAGUAAGGCGGUUUUUUUGUUCUGCCUUGAUGUUACCACAUUUUUAAAGCUCAAUGUUUUUAUCAACACAAUUUGCUCAAAAUAUUUGUGUGAAAGUAUUGC